GUGAGCUGAAAACUCGAUGAUUAUCACUACAAUGAGUCUCCAUUUGUUCAAAAUGAAAGUCAAGAACUAACCAACCGUACUUUAUUUAUUUCUUGUCAUUAAAUCUUGUUUAUGUUAAGUAAUGUUUGUUGUUGCAAGUGCAUUAAACAGGUCACUAAAUGAACGCUUCAUCAUGAAGGAACCCAAUUGUGCAGUUGAUAGUGUCACGUAAAGAAAAAAUUGUUAAGAGAAAUGAGCAAAAGUAUGGAACUCGAUUCUGUGAGCAACGUGCUUUGGCUACAACAGGCUGACGCUUUAAACACCUUCACUAAGAUGUGGUAUCACGUCUUCCUUUGGGCCUUGUUCUCAUCCAUUUUUGUGCAUACGAUUGCCGGAUUGAUUGCCUUUCUUACAUUAAGAAAACACAAAUUCGGCAAGUUUUUUCCUUUGGCGAUCCUCCUCAUGGGUGUCGUCACUCCCGCCAUCACCGGAAUCGUGAGCAGUGCAGCGAUAGCUUUCGUUUACCGAGCAUCGAGUUUACCAAUGAAUCCCCUGUAUGCGUUGUUUUGGGGUUGCGGACAAACGGUGUUGACAGCCUGCAUGGGAUUCACUCGCAUCCUCGCCACUCUCUGAAUGUGCAACGGACUCAUUUCAAUGAUUCUAGAUAAUUAAUUAUCUAUAAUAAUAAAUGUGAUGGUGCUAAUCGCAUAUGAAUAUAGUGCAGGUAUUUUGUAUCGUUUCUCAAGUCAUAAUUUAUUUUUUAUCUAGACUAGUCCAAUUGUUCAUAUUAUGAAUUGUAAAGAUACACAUUUUAGGGUAGGACCAUUUUGUAUAUAAUGCACUGUAAAGAUAGUUACAUGAAGAAAGUAAAUUUUAUUCCGCC